AAGCGUCCGGACUGGAAGGAGGUGAAAGUGUCCGGACUGGAAGGGGGGGAAAGUGUCCGGACUGGAAGGGGGGGAAAGUGUCUGGACUGGAAGGGGGGGAAAGCGUCCGGACUGGAAGGGGGUGAAAGCGUCCGGACUGGAAGGGGGGGAAAGCGUCCGGACUGGAAGGGGGUGAAAGCGUCCGGACUGGAAGGGGGGGAAAGUGUCCGGACUGGAAGGGGGUGAAAGUGUCCGGACUGGAAGGGGGUGAAAGUGUCCGGACUGGAAGUG